AUGGCCAACAAUGGCCUCACGCAGCCUCCGUGGUUCACUACCCCAGUCAGUAAUCUCAAUGUCACGGAUGAAGCAGAACAGUCAGCCCAGCCCAAAACACGAAAACGCACCAGAAUCUCAGUUGCCUGCAAGACAUGCAGAACUCGCAAGUCUAGAUGCGACGGUCUCCUUCCUUGCUCCACCUGUAGUGAUGUGGGGUUGGUCUGCGAGUACGACGACCCUUCUUACAAGCCCGCUCAGGACAAAGAUGUCAGCCAGCUAGAAGAGAGGCUCCGUGUAUUGGAGCAACAGCUUGCUGCACUGCAGGAGAAGGGCAGACAGAACGAAACAUUGCAGGCGACAUCACCCUCCGCGAGUAGGCUGGACGAUCGAAGUCUUCAAUGCGAUGCGAGCACACCGGGGACGAGUCUUAUCGAAGAUGAGGGUGACGUUGUGGACGGAAUGGGGGCUGUGUCACUUCGGCAAGAUUCAGCGGAACAGGAGUACAUUGCAGGAGAUGUGCUCCACAUCAGCAAAGAGCUCCUCAAGGCAUCCGAAACCACGAAUCAGAAUCUUCUCGGGGCCUGGUGGUUCUCUUGCUACUACACCUUCAACGCCUCUUUGGCUCUCUUGGGUGUUAUCUCCAUUAAGAGGAUGCCAUUACCGAACAGCACCAUACUCUCAGCAAUAUCCACUACAGAGUUGAGAAAGAUGAUGGAUACCGCACUCGAGAUAUUGCACGGCUUAGACGGAGGAAAUGAGACUAUCACUCGUUGCCGAGAUGCGCUUUCCCAAAUGCUGAAAGCGGUUGAUAGCACGGGGCAAUCUGGGACUUCUGACUUGGUAAACAUUUCGCCAUCGGGUGCCUGGGUGGCGCAGCUGAUGGAUUCGGACCUUUUCAGCUCGGAGCUGACGAUGGGGGUUGGACUUGAUAUGUUUGGGGCUGGGUUUGAUGAUGCUGGAACUUUCUUUCAUGAGAGGUGA